CGCAAGACCGACUGAGAUAUAUAUAGGCUACCAUACACAUCCUAACUGACCAGGCAUGCAUGAAUGACACAGGACGGAUGCAGGGGGGAAUUGGUGCCCCGACGUACACAAGCGGCCGUGCAGCGGGUUCGUGGAGGUGAUGGCGCCGGUCUUCUCCAGGGAUGCUUGGAGAUGUGUGUGGCAUAUGAUCCAGAAUGAUCUGGUUCAUGGAUGGGGUCUCGACUACAACUUCUGGAGAUGUGUCGAUGACCCUGAAGAGCAAUUUGGCAUCGUGGAUGCACAGUAUGUUGUCCAUCAUGGAGUCCCCACACUCAAAGAUCAGGGUAACGGAGAAAAGCAAGGAAGCAGGGCUAAGAUUAAAGACCGGCAAUACGAGGAGUGGCACACCUUUGACUCAAGACUUGACAAUGCCGACAAGGAGCUGGCCAACUCUACCACUAGAUCAUCAUCCCAACCCUAAAUUAGUUUUCGUAUUUACUUAGUUACAAAAGCAAUACUGCACAAUCAGAUAAUAUGGUUGACUAAACACUAAGAAAACACCACUGGUUUUGUUAAUGAUCUACUUUUUUGUCCGACGGACCAAGAUGGGGUUGAGAUGAGGCCAUUUUAUUUACUUUUUUAUUUUCCAUUAUUGGAUUCAUUGUUGUACAUUUGCUUUUUAUUGGC